AUGUGCGAGUCGGUGCAUUGCAUUCAGAUAAGCAACGUAGAAAAUGGUGAAACAUUUCAGCACUCAGUUGUUUUGCUCAAAGGUGUACUUUCUAAUCCAUGUAGCAGUGGGCGGUUACGUGUAGUAUCCACGGAUGGACGACCCGUAACAUACUCGGUCGCGUUUGAGAAUUGCAGCGGUAAGCUUGGAGCAAAGCAGGAAACAAAUCAAUAUUUCCGCAUUUUGCUCAGAUUAUCGGCAGGGGAAAAUGGCUACGAAGUGGAGUACUGUAGUACCAAGAAGCAUCUCCGUUUGGUCUACACUGUACCAAUCAGUCUGCACACCGUACUCCCGUUGUACAUCAUCUGCAACGGGCACGAUGGUCGCUAUCAAUCCGACGAAAGUGAUACCGAAUGCGAUAGCGAAAGUGCUUGUCGAAAAAUAACGCUCGCCAUCGAGCUGUUGCAGUGCCUGUACGCCGAAAAGCUGUACGAGAAUGGGUUCGGUCGCAAAACGUUUACGCUCGAAGCAUCCUGCGUCCCGUUCCGCAGCCAGCUGGCCUACGAGCGGUCGGGUGGCAUGGCAGAAGGAGAACUAUGGCAACAUUUUGCAACCGAGCUCGUUCAAUCGCAACACUACGAUAUGGAACGGGUAAAGGUAGUGGCGUUCCUCAGCAGCACGCACUUUGCCGGCAUUUCCGAUGGGGACUACUCGUACGAAAACAUCCGCAAGAAAACAACCGGUCAUGCUGCGUUGGGCGGUGGAGGGUUAGCACUUUUUGGAACCGGUUGUCUCUACACAUGGCCUUCGUCGCUUGAAGCGGUGUGUGCUGCAUUUUUAAACCAACAGCCGAUCGAUUGUGCCAAACUGCUGGACGACAGUAACUACAGACGAACGUAUGGUGGUUGCUUUGCCACAACGCUCGGCUCGGUGUGCCAUGAAAUGGGCCACACUUUUGAUCUUGGCCACACACCGGACGGUUCUAUCAUGGGUGACGGAUUCGAUGACAUCGAUAAAGUGUUUGUCGGAACUCACGAUCGUCCCAGUAAUGGCAGCACUGGCCCGAAGCGCGUGAUUGAGACGAAACCACACGGCCCAGCAGGCAAGCUUACCCAGCUUAGACGUCCCGGGGAUGUGUUUCGGCAGCGUUUGGAAGCCAAACAGAACGAUUACGUAUUUUUUGCACCCAUUAGUGCGCUGACGUUGUGUUAUCAUCGCUGGUUCAACCAACUCGAGCGUCACGUUUGCGGGUCAAUGCGGUUUGAUAGCACUACGAGGACAGUCGUAUGCAGCAAUACUACGCUCGUUUUAGUGGAACUUAGGCAAACCGUGAAUGGCAUGAUGCAGAGGUGCUGGACGUUUAAUCAGCUAAACGAGCUCAAAGCUACUUUCACGCUUCCUAAGCUGCCCAAUCUCUCGGACCAAACGUUAUUUGUGAUGGAUACGAUUGGUAACGUACUGAAAGUGAACUUGAGUAGUGAGAAUUUCGCACAAAUUUGAU